AUGAACAGUCGACAGAGGAGACUGGCAUGUAGGCAGCAAGAACGCCUACGGCGUCGGCAAAUGGGGGAAGAGCAGCAAGUGCCUAGGUUUCAGGAGGAAGAUGUACUAGUGGUGCAGAAUGUGGUUAAAGUUCAUUAUUUUGGCGGCGGAGAAGAUGGGCAUACAUCCAACCAAUGUUCUGAGUUAGCCCAGAGACAGCAGAAUGGGGUACUACAGGCAGAACGGGAUCAAUUACAGUCUAACCAGCAGAGGGGGUCAUUUGUUACUUUUAGGGGUACUUGCUAUACUUGUGGAGAGUAUGGUCACACUUCUAAGCAGUGUCCUAGACGAGGAGGUAUCGGGCCGCCCCAGCAGGAGGGUAUCGAACCACAAGGAGGAUGA